CCUAACUUGGUUCUUCCUCAGAACGUACCGGAACUGUCUCCCACCCUCUCGUUUUCAUUUCCCUAUUUUAUGCUCUCAUACCCCGCCGCGCGAUCCUCCGUCGGCUUCCUUAACCACCGCCAUCCCCGCCUAAUAUGGAGAGCCACCACCGGAGAUCUAAUGCCAGUUCCGUUCGAUCUCACAAGCCGACGAGACCAAUUGCUUUGGAAGACGAUUCCACCAAAGCUUCGGACGCAUUGCCGCUCCCUUUGUAUCUGACGAAUGCGGUGUUCUUCACACUAUUCUUCUCGGCUGUUUAUUUUCUUCUCUGCCGUUGGCGGGAAAAGAUCCGGAGUUCGACGCCUCUCCACGUCGUCACAUUUUCUGAGAUCGGCGCGAUUCUGGCCUCCGUCGCGUCCUUUAUUUAUCUCUUGGGAUUCUUCGGGAUUGACUUUGUUCAGUCUUUGGUUCUCCGGCCAUCGGCUGACGUUUGGGCUUCCGAGGAGGAUGAAGUGGGAAAUGAGGUUUUGAUUCGGAAUGAGGAUACCCGUAAAGUCCCUUGCGGCCAAGCACUUGAUCGCUCGCUUCGGUCUUUGCCUCCUUCGGUACCGAUUGUAACCGCCGAAAAAGUGUACGAUGAAAUGCCUGUGACAGUAAUGACUGAGGAAGACGAAGAAAUAAUUAGAUCCGUUGUGACUGGAAUAACACCUUCGUAUUCUUUGGAAUCUAAGUUAGGUUAUUGCAAGAGAGCGGCUGCGAUCAGGCGUGAGGCUUUGCAGAGAUUGACGGGAAAAUCAUUGUUCGGAUUACCCUUGGAUGGAUUUGAUUACGAGUCGAUAUUGGGUCAGUGUUGUGAGAUGCCGGUUGGGUACGUGCAGAUUCCGGUGGGCAUUGCUGGGCCUUUGUUGCUUAAUGGAAGAGAGUAUUCGGUUCCUAUGGCAACCACGGAAGGGUGCUUGGUGGCUAGCACUAAUAGGGGCUGUAAAGCUAUUCACUUGUCUGGUGGAGCUACGAGUGUUCUUUUGAGAGAUGGGAUGACUAGAGCUCCUGUUGUGAGGUUCGGUACCGCAAAAAGAGCAGCUGAUCUGAAGUUGUAUUUGGAGGAUCCUGAAAAUUUCGAGACAUUGGCUGUUGUUUUCAACAGAUCAAGCAGAUUUGCUAGGCUUCAAGGCAUAAAAUGUGCAAUUGUCGGGAAGAAUCUGUAUUUAAGAUUCUCAUGCUUUACCGGUGAUGCUAUGGGAAUGAACAUGGUUUCCAAGGGAGUUCAAAACGUUUUAGAUUUCCUUCAAUCCGAUUUCCCUGACAUGGAUGUCAUCGGCAUCUCUGGAAACUUCUGUUCCGACAAAAAGCCUGCCGCUGUAAAUUGGAUUGAAGGGCGAGGCAAGUCGGUCGUCUGCGAGGCCAUUAUUAAGGAUGAUGUAGUAAGGAAGGUCUUGAAGACGAGUGUGGAAUCUCUUGUGGAGCUUAACAUGCUUAAGAACCUUACUGGUUCUGCCAUGGCUGGAGCUCUGGGUGGAUUUAAUGCUCAUGCUAGUAACAUUGUCUCUGCUGUCUUUAUUGCUACUGGCCAAGAUCCGGCUCAAAAUGUCGAGAGCUCUCAUUGCAUCACCAUGAUGGAAGCUGUUAAUGAUGGCAAGGACCUUCACGUCUCUGUCACAAUGCCUUCCAUUGAGGUUGGCACUGUUGGUGGUGGAACUCAGCUUGCAUCACAGUCUGCCUGUUUGAACCUUCUCGGUGUGAAGGGUGCAAGCAAAGAAUCCCCCGGAGCAAAUUCGAGACUGCUUGCUAGCAUCGUAGCUGGUGCCGUCCUCGCUGGUGAGCUGUCGCUGAUGUCGGCACUUGCUGCAGGUCAACUAGUGAACAGCCAUAUGAAAUACAACAGGUCGAGCAAGGAUGUUUCCAAGGCUGCUUCUUCCUAGAAAAGCCUGAAAAAUUUGGUGUGAAGUUGAAGGUUGGAGGAGACAUCAUCGCCUCUUUGUAAUAAGCUUUGAAGUAGAGAGUUGCGUCUAUUUUGUAAUUUACUUUAUCUUCUUUUUCUUAACUAAGCCGAUGUAAUCUGAGUUAUGAGAUUUGUGUAAAAUGAUAGGAUUGUUUAAUUAACCUUUUCCCAAUUCAUCG